AUGCCUCAGGUUGUCAGCGAAAUUAGGGCUCCCUCGCUAAAAACAUUCCCGACUCGCACGCAUGCAUUUCAAGAUUUUGCAACGGAAGUCGACAACAUCACCAAAAUACUCAAAAUGGGAGACGCAGAAAUCACAGCAUCCGCUUGGCGGUUAGUGGAGGUUGGCCGGGUCGUCCUCGUCUCAUCAGAGGCCAAGCUUGCCGCCAUCGUGGAGAUUAUCGACCAUAAACGUGUCCUAAUCGACUCACCAUCUGUUUCCCGCCAAGCCAUCUCCCUCGCAAAUGUCAUCUUGACACCCAUCGUCCUCACUAUUCCUCGAUCUGCGCGUUCGGGCGUCGUCCACGCUGCAUGGGAGAAGGGCUCGAUCGAUUCCAAAUGGGCUGAGAGUUCUUGGGCGAAGAAGCGGGCACAACGGGAAAGACGACGGGCGUUGACAGAUUUCGAGAGAUUCAAGGUUAUGCGAUUAAAGAAGCAAGCACGCUUCGCCGUCCGGACAUCCCUCGCAAAGGUCAAGGCUGCAAACUGA